GGAAAUCGAGGAGAAAGCAGCGACAAACGUCGCCAGCGGAUACAUUAUCGCCUCAAAAACCCUUGGAUUUAUGUAAUAUUCGGUGAACUGACUUGUAUAUUGAUUGUAUAUCCCUUCGCCUUGUGGAUGAGAUAGUGUUCAACGUUUUCCAAGCGUGAAUCUCCACCUUAAUGCGGUGGGAUGGCCACAGUGCCGCCUGGGCCUAGUAGCGCACUGCCUGCAUCCCCGGCUGAAAUUCCUCCUUUCCCCGGGGCUGGGGGCGCGGAGCCGGCGGGGGAAGGCGGAGAGUCGGCCUACCACAGGGGGGACUGUGCACCCGCCGAUACAGGGAAGAAGUCGCAGCCUGUAAGCGAAGUCAACACGUCGGUUAAGAAUAAGCAGAAAAACAUGCUAGCGCGAGCUAGCCCGGCGGCGCUGCACCUCAAAAUGCAAGCCCGAGAGCAGCAGCAGCUAAACGGCUUGGCCAGCCCCUCAGAGGACGCUGACAGCCACCAACACACAGGGAACCGGCCAGACAAUCCGAGACCGUCCGUGGACAACUGUGACAGCAGCAGCAGCGGCAGCAACGAGGAGGCUCCAGCCGCUAGAAACAAUAGUGAGCAUUGCCAACACGAAGGCCACAGCCCCUUCUCCAAAAACGGCAGUCACUCUCCCCUGGUCAACAAUAGCAUGAACGGGAUGCCGGGUUUCACAAGAACUGAGGCGGACCACAGCCACGCCGGGGACGAAGGGAAAGAGGAGUUUGACCAUACAGAGCCGCCGAGACCACCGAGCGUCGAGCCGCCGGACGCUGCCGGGCCCGGCGGAGAGGACAGCCCCGCUGACCCGCAGCAGCCGCCAGCCGCGGAGCUGGCCCGGCUGGACCUGAGCAGCUCUCCCGGCCGAGCAGAGGAGGAGAGCCACGGCAUCCGCUAUGUCCGCUACGAGUCCGAGCUACAGAUGCCGUGGAUCAUGAGACUGAUCACCAAGGACUUGUCUGAGCCUUAUUCAAUUUACACGUACAGGUACUUCAUCCACAAUUGGCCGCAGCUCUGCUUUCUGGCCAUGGUGGAGCAGGAGUGUGUCGGAGCCAUAGUAUGUAAGCUUGACAUGCACAAGAAGAUGUUCCGCCGUGGCUACAUUGCCAUGCUGGCCGUUGACUCGAAACACAGAAGGAAAAGCAUCGGUACUAAUCUGGUGAAGAAGGCCAUCUAUGCCAUGGUGGAGGGUGACUGUGACGAGGUUGUAUUGGAGACUGAAAUCACCAAUAAAUCAGCCCUGAAGCUGUACGAGAACUUGGGUUUUGUCAGAGACAAGCGGCUGUUCAGAUACUACCUGAACGGAGUGGACGCGCUGCGGCUCAAACUGUGGCUCCGCUAGAGGAAAGAAGAGGGGACGGGGGAGGACGGGACAGCGGGUGCUGUUCACCUCGUACACUAUCAGCUUGACAGCCUGAGCUCUGCCCUGGUCAUUUCACUCUUAUACACACACACACACACACACACACACACACACACACACACACAGGAGUAUGCACAUAGGUAUGCAUAGAUGUGCAACCACACCCUCUUUUUGUCCUUGACCUCUGAACAACAGUUUGUGUAGGCAGACAUGGACUAACAUCCCACCUGAUGUUUUCAUGAAGGGGCCCCUGAUACUUUCUGUGACGAGGAGGGGGGCGAGUGAGGGUGGUCUCUGGGAUGACCUUGACUGGGGACUAGGCGACCUUUUUGACCUUCAAGCUUGGAUGCCGCUUUGACCGGGACGCGAGGCAGCUCAAGUGAGGACGCGUGUCCGAAACCCCAGAGGACAUGGCACCACACCAAAUCCUCCUGCAGAACACAGGACGAACACAGACUUAAAGAAAACGACAACACGUGAAGCAAGGAAGCAGGGCGGUAAAAACAGACUGGGAAGAAAAUAUUUGUGGAGUUUAUUUUUGUGUUUCUUUUUUAACCUUGUAAGUUGGACAGUUGAUGGAAAAGCUAUAGUAUGACUGUGUGUUUGUGCCGCCUCUUUAUUUUUUUUUUUUUGGGAGGUGUUUUUGUGUGCAUGUGUAUGUGGCGUGGUUGGUCUCACUGUGAGCAAGUGUGCGAGCGCAUGCUUGGUUGGAGUUGUGCGAACUGUCGUAUGUUUUUGUUCCCCACCCUGUCCAGUGGGCGCAGCCGCUCCCUGCUGCUGUUUCCAUCACCUUCCCCGGCCUCCAGGACUGAAGCCUGUAAAGAUAUGCAUGCAUUUAUUUUAAUACGAGUGCGGGGGAAAGCAAGUGCGUGUUGAUGAACCCAGUCUGAGGCUAACCCUCCGAGCCCCUCCCUGUGUUUGGUGUUAGCAUGUUGGUGCAGAGCAGUUGAUCGACACAAGUCACUCCAUUAGCACCUCAAACCUUGCCCAGCUGGUGGAUCUGCCACCUUUUCCCUUCAGUGUCCUUCACUGAAUCUCAUCAUCAAACAGUAUAUGUGAGGAGCGCCUCUUCAGAGCUCGUUUUUUUCCCCAAAUGCACUGCCAGCUGCUACAAAAUUCCCAAAAAGGAAAAAAAUGGAGUCUCUCAAAGAGACUCCUUGCCAACAACGGUGUGGUCAAACACAUCCUAGCCGCCUCAGUGUGCUCCUUUUUACAUUCGUCUCUCUCUUUCUCCUCAUUGCAAGUGCCACUCAAUCCAUCAGCACUCUCGGCCACAACUGCAGGGAUCUGCCCGCUAACAGGCUUCACACGGCAGCCUCGGUCGACCUCUGGUCUGCGCCUGGCACCAGACCGGAGGCGAGGCGUUACAUAUGCUGGUUUCCUGUUUGAGUAUGCUGUGUGUGCGUGUGUGUGUGUGUGUUUAUCUCUUGAUAAAAAGGAAAAAAAGACGAGUAUUCUUAGCAGAUUAUAUUUUAUUCUUGUGUUCGCUUUCAGUUUAUUUAGAUUGUCUACUUUACACCUGUAUAACCUCAUGCUGCUGCAAAAGCGGCUGAGUCAACAAUGCACUUCCCAGGUGCCCUAACCCGAUGCACAACCAACCUCGCUCACAUCAUGUCAUAGAUGCACCCGGACGUUCCAAUCCACACUAAUUAAGGCAAAGAGAGUUUGCUUCAGCCGCUUCUGUUUGUUCUUUAAAAAGUAAAAUGAACAAAGGUCGGAUGCACUUCUUUGGAAAUUGCUGCAGUGUGUAUGUGUACGUAUGAAUGAGUCUGUGUGUGUCUUGUUGUUUUGACAACGGUGUGGAUCUGUUCUGUUAGACUUUCAUUUCUCUGCUUUCAGAGGCCCCCGCACAGGAAAAUCAGAGCCUUUUGAGUUGCUGUGUUUUGCUCCAGCCUUAUAAGGACGACAGGAAGGAACAAAUCACACCUUUAAAAAAAAAAAAAAAAAAAAAAAAAAGCGUUCCAGGAUGCAAGUUCGUGCUCAAUGAGACGCAGAGGGGCAGGAGACCGUUGAGAGGUUGAGAGUUGAGGGGAGAAUAAACCCUAAAUCAAAAUUUGUACGGCCAACUACAUCAAGGGUUUUAAAUGCAAUAUUGAGUAAACUUUUUGCUUCCUUUUAGCGCCUCAAAUUAUGCAGUUGGACAUGUGUGAUUUUUGUCAUGCCCACAAUAUUGAGAGUAGAAAGCACUGCAAGACACUGCCAUGUGGCACAACUGACAGACAGAGUAAAAUCUACAGAUUCUUACAGAACAAACAGAAGUCUCCAGGGAACAUUCAUGGUAGUCAGAUAAUUUAAAGGUAGAUGAGUUAGUCUCUAUGAGUGACACUACAGGACUGCGUUCAUGUUUUGGGUUGAUUUCCCCUUUAUUUCAGCUGAUGUCUCACCCCAGGAGUCCAGGACUGAAAGGGAGAGUAGAUGUUUACAGAGUUUCCACCCACAUGCAAGUUUGUGUCUGUGUGCAUUUGGAGCAAUUGAUCAGAUGAACUAUAUUUCUUUCUUCUUUUUUUUCCCCCAGAUUUGUAUAUGAGUGUUGUUCUAUAUACUGAGCGCAUGUUUUUUUUGUUUGUUUGUUUGUUUGUUUUUUCGUGAAUCGUCUGUUGGGAAGGGGGCGGUUUGGGUUGAUUUAUCGGAUUUGAUUUUUAUUUUUAAUUUCUGUGCUACUUUGGCCCAUCAAAAGGUGUUCUGAGCAGUUCAAAGUGGGCAUAUGGAAGUGCUCUACACCCGAACACCAACUAAUAUCUUUGCUGCUCAUCUGACACUGUUUCGAUUUUAAAUUAUCACCCUGUGUUAACUGGUUUAUUUUGGAGACAUCUGUCCCUGUGUUUGACACUUUUUUCUCCCUUUCUGUGUCCCCUCACUGUCCCGGCCUUUUCCUCUUUUACACAGUGACUACUGAUGGAUGAAAGGACAGGAUAUAGGUAACACUUUACAGAAUUAACCUACUGUAUAUCCAUCUUUCUAAACAGUUGUCAGUAUGAGGAGGUGUUGUAGACUUUGAAGGAAAAGGGUCUGUUGUUGUUUUUCUCCUGUGUAACUCUGGCAGUUCCAUUAGGUAUAUGGGCAUUACAGCCUGUGGCAAAGAGCCAAAGGGCUCAGUUUAGACCAUGAUCACAGACCGAAGGGCUUUGUCAUCAAUAUCAGUUUGUAGCCACGGCUUGUGGUGUUGCAUAGUUCUACUCAGCUUUUUCUCUGACAAUGCAUUUGGACUGAGGUUUGACUUGACAUGCCAAUUCAGUGUUCACAGAUGUCAGAAGCAGUUUUCUUCCCUCGUCCUGGACGUCCUGCUCCAUCCAGGUGACUUACUCUAACAUUCACAACCCCACCUCUCUGUCCUCGCCUGGGGCGACAUCUGCCAUCCUACAUUUUGAGUGUUACAAUCAUAAAUUUCCCCAGAAACCAGUUUGUUGUUCAGAUAAGCAAGAUUUGUCCUGGCUGUGCCACAAAAAAACUGUGGUCCCUACAACCAACCAACCAACCAACCACAGGGGCUUCCUGCAGUCUUUCCGGGGUGGCCGGCACCGCCUCCACCGCCAUCCACAAAGUGUGCGAAGGGGAGAGCAAAAGGUUUUUCUGCAUGUCAGAUUUCUGUUUGCCCUGUUCCUCUUCCCUGUCCCCUCUCUUGAUUUUGAUCUGGAAAUGUCCGAUAGUUUUUAUUUAAUGUGGAAAAAGAACACAGAAAUAAAUUAUUUGAUUUUUUUAAUGCUGUAAACUGG